GCAGGUCCGACCAGAGGAAGUUACGGUUAGUUCUGUUGCUACCACACGGCUAACUUGCUAAAAAGUAAACAAGUGUGCGGAAUGAGAUGAGAUACAACUGCUUGACGAAGUAGAUUUUCAACCAUGAAGGAAGAUAAGGAAAACGCUAGACCGAAGGAUAGAAGACUGGAAUUAAAUUGUGACGAUGGAGAAAAGACGGAGAGGUCCAAGGAAAAGAAAGAGGCCAUGACAAAGAUUGUGAUCAGACGGUUACCACCAAGUCUGACCAAGGAGGAGCUGGAGGAGCAGUUACAACCUCUCCCAGAGAUGGACUACCUGGAGUUUUUCUCCAACGACACCAGCCUUUUCCCACACCUCUUUGCAAGGGCUUACAUAAACUUCAAGCACCAAGAGGAUAUAGUUCUCUUCAGAGAUCGAUUUGAUGGUUAUGUGUUCAUUGACAGCAGAGGACAGGAGUAUACUGCCGUCGUGGAAUUUGCCCCUUUUCAAAAGACUGCCAAGAAAAGAAGUAAGAAAAAGGACGCAAAAUGUGGAACAAUUGCUGAAGAUCCUGAUUACAAUAAGUUUCUUGAAAUUUACAACGGCGAUGACGACAAGAUGGCAUCAACACCUGAGACCCUGCUGGAAGAGAUUGAGGCCAAAUCAAAGGAACUUGUUGCUAAAAAAACAACUCCUCUGCUGGACUUCCUGAAGAAUAAACAGAGAAUCAGGGAGGAAAAGAAAGAAGAGAGAAGAAGGAGGGAGCUUGAACGCAAGCGUGUGCGUGAUGAGGAGCGUCGCAAGUGGAGGGAGGAGGAGAGAAGGAAGCGCAAAGACACCGAUAAGAUGAAGAGACUCGACAAACCGCUGGAGAAAGACAAGGACCAAGUGAAAGAAGAACCAAAGAUUAAGCUCCUGAAGAAGCCAGACAGAGCUGAAGAUGCUGAUUCUGAGAAGCCCAAGGAAAAAACCAAGAAACCAGAGAGGCCCAAUAAAGAGGACAGACCCAUGGGGGGUGCUGAUCAUAAGAGGCGUCAGCACAUUGAUAAUAAGGAGGAUCGAGGAAGGAAAGGUGAGGAAGACGGGAGGAAGGAGUUCAGGGAGCGCGACCCAGACCGAGACAGAGAGCGCGAUGGAGAGCGCGAAAAGGAGCGCCGCCAGAGGGAGAAGGAGCGCCUCAGGCGACAGGACGAAGAUCGCCGGAGAAGGAGAGAGCGCGAGAACACUUUCAGGAAGGAUAAAAGGCAGGAUGAGGCUAAAAAAGAUAAAGAGCGGGCCUUUGAGAAGAAGAAGGGAGAUCACACUGGAGAGUCCAGUCGCUCUGAGAGGUCAGAGAGGCCUGCCAAAGACCACAAGAAGGAGGAGAGCCUGAAAAGAGAUCGGCUACGAAACAAGGACCGGCCUACCAUUCAGCUGUACCAGCCCGGGUCCAGAACCCGCACUCGAGGAGGAGCCGAAUCCAGCUCUGCCGACAGGAAGCCAGACACCGAGACGGAGAAAGUGGCUGACAAAGGAGACGAUUGAGCAGAUUUCUACUUAUGGCAUUUUAAGUUUGGUGAGGAGAGGGGAGACAGGCCUGUGAGGCUCGGAGCAGCAAGGUGGCGCCUCAGGGCGACGGCACUGCAGCUCGAGCACCCGGCUCUCCCAGUCUCCGGGGCAGAGGAAUAAUUGCAGAGCCUAGCAGUGCCUGAAUGUGUCCCUCUUUAGUUGUAUUUGUUAUGUAAGGUAACAGUAACCUUUGGAAAGAGUUUGGCUGUUGGGCACAUUGGGUGGAGCCAAAGCUUUCUUGGACCACGUGAACUUAAAGUGACCUUAUGUCAGUAUUGUUUCUCUCAUGUCAAGUGUUGCAAACGGUGUCUUUUCAAACAUAUUCAUCCAUAUCACAGUUUUUAAUUUACCAGUUACUCAAAAUGUCAUCAAUGCUAUCAAUAUUGUUCGACUCUGUCUUGAAUGAGAUUCUGUAUUAGCACUGACAUUUUCAGUUUCAAGUGUUCACAUGUCAAUCUUCCUCUGCCUGGGGAACUUCAAUUAAAGUAUGUAACUCUCAUAUUCUGUUAUAGGCAUCCACAUAUGCUGAAGUACAUAGUCUGUAUUUACAGGUUUGGGAUCAUGUGUUUUGUUCAUACAGUGUCUGAGGAGAAAUAGCCAUUUCUGACUAGACUGCCAUGUGACAGCUACGCCUGCAUGCAAACUUCAAUCAGAGGGAUCAACCUGUGGCCUUCGCCCCUUUUUCUAAUCUGAAAUUCCCCUUAAACAUUCAUGUGUGAUGCACCAAACUGAAUACAGCAUGAGAAUGAUGUAAACAUUUUUGACUGGAUUAAAAAGGUAUUUGCUUAAAUGUA